AUGCCCGACCUAAUACCAGCGAUGCAGCGACGAGUGCAGGCCAAAGGCUCCCAGCAGGACCAGCGCGCGGACGAGCGCCUGCGCGAGUGGGUGCUCGCGGUGCUGGCGAGGGGAGCGGGCAGCAAGAAGAGGGCCCCUGCCUUCGCGCCUCUCUCCCCCGGGCUGGCCGCCGAGCCCAGGGACCCGCCCGUGCUGGACUGGAUCGGGCGGCGGUGGCUGCUGCUGGACCGCCCGGGCGCACCGCCUACCCAGGGAGGCGCGGCUGCUGACGAUGGCCGGGGCCAGUCCCUCGAGGAGGUCGUGGGCAGGGUCGUGGCCGUCAUGGGCGCGGACCGCGCGACGGCCCUGACGCAGGAGCGCUGCUGCGAGGCGCUGCGGCAGCUCGUCACGGACCAGGCCUCCCUCGCGACGGUCGCGGCGUUGCGCGGGGCGGAGGCGGCGGCCUCGGCGAUGCGCGUCCACGCCGACGCGCCCGGGGUGCAGGGCCACUGCAGCGGGGCGCUCGCGCACCUGUCCCUCGCCCCCGGGGGCCGCCGCCGCGUGCUCGCCGCCGGCGGCGCAGAGGCGGUCCUGGAGAGCCUCGAGAGGCAUGCGGGCUCGUCGCUCGUGCUGUUCAAGGGGUGCGCGGUGUUGGCGAGCUUGGCGCAGGAUCGGCCGCUGGGCGCGCGCGGGUUCCCACCAGCGCCGCCGCGACGAUCCUGCGCGGGCUGGUGGCGCACGAGGGCGCGGCGGACGUGCAGGACUACUGCUGCUGGGCGCUGCUGA